AUGAGUGCCGCCCCGCCAGCCCCGCCCGACUUCCCCGUCGCCGCCGGCGCCGACGAGCCGUCCUACAUCGACUACGAAGCGUUCCUCUCCCCAACCUUCCACGCGCCGACCUUCGCCAACACGCUCGUGCUAGCAACCAACAACCCGUCCGACAGCCCGCUGGACCUGUCGACGCCGCUCGCGCGCGUGCUCUUCGACGUGCAGGAGGUGUCGGCGCACAUCGACCGGCUGACCGCCCGCGCCGCCGAGCCGCUGCUGGCCCGCACCGCCGCCCGCGACGCCGCCGCCGCCCGCCUGCUCGCCGCCCUCGAGCCCCAGCUGCGCGCCCUCAACGAGAGCCACGCCCAGCUCGCCCGCGCCGUGGCACCGCGCUAUGCUGAGGCUGUUGAGGUCCGUCGCGUCGCGGAGAAUGCCUGGCGCGCGCAGAGGUUGGCCAGGGCGGUUGCGCGCCUGCUUGGGCUUGCGAGGCAGCUUGAGGCGCAGUUUGCGGAGUUGGUGGGACCCGGUGCUGGCAGCGGGGGCGCAGUGAGUGGUGGUGGACAGUUGGAGAGGGUGGCUGUGGUGCGGUCCGUGAGGGACGGGGUGGUGGCGCCGGUGGAAAAGGCGGUACGGGAGACGGCCGAGCGGGUCGUGCGGGAGUUUUCGCUGGGGAGCGCCACCGGCAGCGGCGUGACAUUUGCGCAGGGUGAGGAAGUCAGGGGGCGGACGGUCGCGGCCCUGACGACUCUGUGGCUGCUCACGCCCGUGCCGUCGUCGUCCGGGAAAGCCGCUGAGAAGUGGGCGCCCACGCUGAUGCUGCAGGCGCUGGAGGCGUAUCUGCGGUCGGCGUUGCAAAGCAGCAUUGCCGGCUUGUCGCGGGCGCUGUCGACGCUGCCGAGCUUGGAGAGGACGCUGGCUGAGGUGAGCGCGCGGUGCCAAAACAUCGUCGCGCUGGAGGCGGUGCUGGAAGGGUCCAAGGCCCCGCAGCAUCCGCUGCUGCCGCAGGGCAAGCAGGCGCAGGCGGGCGGGAACAUGCUGCAGCCGCUGCUGUCGUAUCUGGAGACCGGGUCGCUGGCGAGCUACUUCUGGCGGACGAUGGCGGGGAGCAUGGCGCCGCGGGUGCAGGAGAUCAUGGCUAAGGGUGGGGUUCCGGCCCGCACGCUCAGGACGAACCGGCAGAGCGUCAGCGAGGCCAUCCGGGAGUGCGUCAUCAGAGGGAGCCAGUUGCCGGGCCCGAUGGCUGCAGCGGCGAGAGGGAAGCCCAAGGCGACCGAGAGGGACACGGGUGCGAAGCAGUGGGAGAGAGAGGUGGCCGUCAUGGUGGGCAGCAUUGUCAACAGUAUUGGGAGGUGA